AUGAAGGUCACAUUCAAGGACUUGAAGCAACAAAAGUUCACGCUCGAUGUCGAGCCCACCGACCUGGUCUCUGCCGUCAAGCAGAAGAUUGCCGGAGAGAAGGGAUGGGAUCCCAAGGACCAGAAGCUCAUCUACUCUGGCAAGAUCCUGAAGGACGACGACACCGUCGAGUCCUACAAGAUCGAGGAGAAGGGAUUCGUCGUCUGCAUGGUGAACAAGCCCAAGGCAGCCAAGGCAGCCCCCGCCGCCGAGUCGUCCUCGACGCCCGCCGUCCCCGCGACGCCCGCCCAGGCUGUCGCCGCGACCCCGGCCGCCCCUCCCGCUCCGGCCGCCCAGGCUGCUGCCCCCGCGGUCGCCCCCGCCACGCCCACCCCCGCGGCCAGAAGCACAGGAGGCGAUGCCGGAAGCACUGACCCGUCGAUGGCCAUGGGCGCCCACCGCCAGGAGGUGGUUGCGAACAUGGAGGCCAUGGGCUUCGAGCGCGCUCAGAUCGACGCCGCCAUGCGUGCCGCCUUCUACAACCCCGACAGAGCCGUCGAGUACCUGCUCAACGGCAUCCCCGACAACGUUCAGGAGGAGCAGCAGCAGCGUCAAGCCGCCGCCGCCGCCGGCACCGCCGCUCAGCCUGCUGCCGGUGCGCCUGCCGCCGGCACCGACGAGGGCGGAAACGUCAACCUCUUCGAUCUCGCCGCCCAGGCCCGUGGUGGUGGUGGUGGUGGUGGCAAUGGCGGCGCCGGCGGCGGACGCGCCGCUGCCGGUGGCAACACUCAAGCUGCCGCCGCCGCCGCCGCCGCGGCUGCUGCCCAGGGUGGUUUUGGCAACCUGGACUUCCUGAGAAACAACGCCCAGUUCCAGCAACUGCGCCAGGUCGUCCAGCAACAGCCCCAGAUGCUGGAGCCCAUCCUCCAGCAACUCGGUGCCGGCAACCCCCAGCUCGCCCAGCUGAUCGCCAACAACCCCGACCAGUUCCUGCAGCUCCUGGGCGAGGAGGUGGACGACGACGUCCCUCUGCCCCCUGGCGCACAGGCCAUCCAGGUCACCGAGGAGGAGCGCGACGCCAUUGAGCGGUUAUGCCGUCUCGGCUUCGACCGCGAUGCCGCCAUCCAGGCCUACUUCGCCUGCGACAAGAACGAGGAGCUCGCGGCAAACUUUUUGUUCGACCAGCCCGACGACGACGAUGCGCCCCAGAACUAA